AUGGACAUCAUUGAAGAGCCCGUUUCAGAUUUGCCUCAAGCAAUGGACACCUCAGAGUCGGGGGCUCACAGCCCAAGUGGUGGUGCUUCCAGUUUCUUGUUGAUAAUGCUCUGUGACACAUCAUGUCAUGGGUGCAUGAAUAGGGAUAGAAUUCAAGGCAUGGAAGGGAAGAAAUUUGAGGAAGGGGAGGGUUAA